AUGGAAGUCAGGCGCCGCCGCCGUAUAUUCUGUACUCUUUCACGCAUGCAAGUCACAGGAUCAACUUCUUUCCUCCAAACGCCGCAGUGGGAGCGUCAUCAUCUCCGCACGGUGGCUGAUUUACCAGCAUCCUUGGCUGCGUCGUUGGACGCCGCGGACUCUCGCGAUUACCAACGCCAGGCUACCUUUCAUGGGCGCCGACAGAGCUUUGUCGUCCUUCUACGUGAUAUUUACGGACUUUUGGAUAGCGUUGAAAGAGAUCGGCGGAAGCUGCGACUGCUACUUCAGGAGCUUGUGCAGCGGCUUUUGGACCCGAAUGGCGUCCACGCUGAGGACGACGGAGCCACAUCUGCUGAGAAUAUAAAUUGCUAUGUGGUGAUCGAGCGGGAAAAUUUUCUUCGUUUAGGUGGUGCUGAAUGCCUACUAUGUGUACUGCAUGCAUUUCGACAGGAAGAGAAAGCGAUGAAGAAGCAACUAAAGCGCGGCAGCGACGUCCGCGCCCUAUGGGAGACACCUAUGCCUGUAACUCUUGCACCUACUAAAAGUGGCACGAAUGCCUCACUUCGAAAGCAUGCUCUUAACGACACGAUGGCGAUUUUACGAGAGCUUUGUUAUUUUUCGUCAAACCUAGCUAUUCAACUCUGCGAUAAAGACGGCCUAGUGGUGUAUUUAUUUCAGCUAAUGGGCGACACACGAUAUUUUGACAAUGCAUCUGGACUUGUAGAGGAAAUUCUGGCUGUCAGGGACGAAGCUUUUGAUCUGACUCGUGUCCCCAGCUUUCACACUGUCUUACAGUCGCUAUCUUCGAGGCAACUGGCUUUUUUUUGUCGCGUUCUUGCACUGGUUGUAUUUGAGCCUGAGGACCGAAGGCUGUUGGAAAAUGCUAAGGUUAUUAAGUCGCUAGAGCUACUGAAGCUACGUCGUAACCGUAUGAUGCGUGCAGACAACAUCGUUGACCGCAACCACGCGCUGAUAUACAAUUCGCCCCUGGUUUUACAGCGACUGCUGCAUGUAUUACAGGUUCAGAACUUUUAUUUCGCAUUGAACUCAGUGUACGAGCCUUUUUCAUCGGAACUCGCUACAUCGGCCGAGUUUGCCACACUUCUUUACCAAACGAGCGAUCGAAGCGACUGGGACUCGAUCGAUCGUCUUGUCACCCAUCCAGCGCUUGAAUCUUCUGGGGAUCUUACUAAUUUGCACAGACAUCACCAGACCGGAGCAACGGCGAGUACUGAUGAAAGAGAUUCGAACACAAGCUCACUGUUAUACCCACACCAGCACUCGUUCUCGGUAGAAACAGCAACUCUACGAGAAUUGAUAUUCCGUAAUCGAUCGCCAGACCAACGCACGCGGGACGACGUCGAGGCUCAGGUUGUCAUUAAGUCGAUUGUACUGGCUCCGUACCGCGUCGAAGUCCUUUUUGUUCUCUGCACCUUGUUAAAUGGCAAACGUAAGGUAGAUUUCCAGGAGCGACUUGCGGGGAUGGGACUUGUUAAAACACUUAACAUAAUGUUUGACAAAUUUCAAUGGAUCACUUCAGUGGCAUCCACUCCAACCCAUGAGCCACUACACGGACCCGGCUGUGAUUGCAGUCUCGAUGCAUCGUUAAAAAUCCAAUUUUUACGACUGAUCCACAACUUCUGCGAUCGUGAUUACAGCGACAAUUCUAGCAAAUUGCUGCUUCUCAGUGAGCACGAGAUUCGGUUGAUGAAUGAAAGUGGCUCAUCGCCGAUAAACCUCGAGCACACAGACAAAGGAUUGUUGUCAAAGAUCAUCGUUGCUCUUAAUGAGCAGCCAGCUGACUCCAUAUAUCGCUUCUGGCUGGCGUCAUGCGUGGAAGCUUUUUUAAGACGCGCUGCUCCGAGUGAGCAGCUCUUUGUAGCACGAACACCCUUACUACAGGCACUUAUAGCGGACAUUCUAAGUGGUGGCGCAUAUCGCUCUCAGGGCAGCUUUCAGUCAGCCUUUGAUUUGCUAGGAGAAAUGACAAAAGGCAAUUGGGAGACAUUGCAGCUUUUUCACGGGCUGCUUGACAAUACACAGUUUGCGUCCUUCAUGGAAGUAGUAAUCUUGAACUUAGUGGACUCGAACGUAUUCAUUCGAUCGAUGCUGUUAUCUUCCGAGAAGUUCGCAAAGCAGUCAGAAAGCGGGACAUUUGGCCUUGCUGACGACUAUGAAAUGGACCGCAUGAGCGAAUUUUUGACUGUAAAUUUAGUGCGGUUACUACGUGAUCUCAUGACAAUCGUAACGCUGGACGAUAUUAACCACGAAAAUAUUUGCUGUUUGAACACAGCCAUAGUGAUUCUCGUUUUUCAGCAUCGUCGUAAACGACUGCCUACUAUCCUCGAAGCCCUACGCGACCAUGAAGAUGUGUCGGGCAAGCACGGCUAUGUUUGUGAGAAUUUCCGUGCUUUGUUAUGGUUUUGGAUCCAGUAUUAUACGCCGCGUGGUCGAGAUCGACUCGGACUGGAGCAUUCUAGUGAAGUGCAGUUUGACGAGUGGCGGCGCGUUGUCUCACUCUUGUGCGCCGACGACGGAUCCGAGACUGCUCUGCUAUCGAAGCCAGUGCGCCUUCCGCCGUCGCCCUACUCGCGGCUUUAUGCUUCUCCGCGAGAUAGAUGCAACUAA